GAAACUAGUAUGACUCCAGCGCUCUUGUUGAGCUGUCAUAGAAGCUUCUGUUUCUCUGUGAAAUCAUUCAACAAUUUUUUCUGUUCUUUUCUUUUCUUCUAGUUUUCAUCUUCUGCAAGGAAACAGCCUUCCGAGUUCGCUGCUGGGUAAUGGUCUAUAGAAUAGAGAAGUAGGGUUUCUCAAAUGCCUGCUUCUAGCUUCAGCUCUGUCUGGUAUUACUGAUGAUAUUUCUGAGGAGGAUCAAAGUGGGUGUUCUGGUUAAGACAACACAGCUAGUUCAAUGAAAUGAUGCCUUGUCACCAUCUUUGUUUGCAUGAGGAACAUAAUAAUGGAUAAGGAGUUGAUCCUUUUUGCAGAUUGUAUUUUCAUCCAGGGCAUCAAAGAAAUCACCAUAUGUGUUUUGGCUGGUUCUUUUGUUUUUAAUCAUGGCAUUUGGGGUAUAUAUCUGUGGUGUAUCCCUCACACGGGUAACUGUGCCAUCAAAACCGACAAAAAUUUCCUUCACGAGGGUUGAGAGAACUUGUUCUAUCAAUGGCAUUCCACCAGAAGAACUAGUCUAUGUACAUUUUCCACAGCCCAAGACUUAUAGCAGGGAGGAAUGCAAAUGUACCCCAGUCCGGUUCUUUGUUAUUUUGUCCAUGCAGAGAUCAGGAAGUGGGUGGUUUGAAACGUUAUUAAACAGUCAUCCCAAUAUUAGUUCAAAUGGGGAGGUUUUUUCCUUGAAGCAAAGAAGACAAAGUAUGGAAACAAUUCAAAGAACUUUAGAUACUAUCUAUAACCUAGAGUGGAUCAGUAGUGCUGCAAAAAAUGAUUGUGUUGCUGCAGUUGGGUUCAAGUGGAUGCUAAACCAGGCUGUUAUGGUUUAUCACAGGCAAAUAGCUAAUUAUUUUAACCAAAAGGGGGUGUCAGUUAUAUUUCUCUUUCGGAGAAAUCUUUUGAGAAGGCUUGUAUCCUUGCUGGCCAAUGCUUAUGAUAAAGAUGCAAAACUGAUCAAUGGAACCCACAUGUCUCAUGUGCAUACAAGGGAAGAGGCAGAUUUACUGGCACAAUUUAAGCCUACCCUCAAUGUCAGCAGCUUGAUAGUGGACCUCUCCACAGCUGAACGUACCAUGAUGGAGUCUCUAGAAUUCUUCAAGAGCAAUCGCCAUAUGAUUUUAUACUAUGAAGAUAUCAUUAACAAUCCCAAGGCAUUAUCUGAUGUUCAAGAGUUUCUGAGAGUUCCAUUUAGAAAACUAAAGAGCCGGCAGGUGAAGAUUCACAUCAAACCCCUCCAUGAACAAGUUCACAAUUGGUACGAUGUUUAUAGCACAGUCCAGGGAUCACAGUAUGAGCAUUUUCUUCACAGUUCUGACUAUAUUUCUUAGUUUGUUUACCAUUAAUGGAUUAUUAUUUUUAUUUUAUGUUACAAUUUUGUUAUCAGCCAAUUGUCAUGACAGGGACAUAAUGUUCUCUAACACAGAUAGUGGAGAGUUUGUCAUCUGAGAAAGCAAGUGAAUAUAAACAUAAAUUUCUUCUUGUUA